AUGGAUGCAAUAUCCCUGCAGAAGCAGAGCUUUACGUGCUUUUAUAACAGUGCUUAGCUGGUGGCCUGGGAGGACAUUGUGUUCCUCUGCUUCCUCCUGUCACACAUGCUGUCCAUCUGCUGUCAUUUGUCCUGUCACUGUUCCAUUAAUAGAUGGUGGUCAUUUUUUUAUACAGGCCUGAACGGCAUCAUGUGGCAGAAUCUGCCUCACCAGAAGGCACUGAAACUAAGCAAUGACCUCAGCUUUCUUGAAUGCUGCCUCAUCUGUGCAGAGCAAAAACCUUCCUGCCCAGCUUUUGUGUGUGAGAGUUUUGUCAGCAAAGAUUUUGCCUCUUCAAUUACUCAAGAGGAGAAAGACAGUUGAAUGCUGAGAACCUUCCCCUGGUUUGACCUGACAGCAGUGUCACUGAGAAAGUCUCUCUUUAGCCAGCUGCUACAAAAGAGAGAGCUUGCUAGUGCCAUCUGAUGCCUGGUGCUCUACUGUACCAGGCACCCUCUGGAGACUGUCCUACAAGGUAGUGUGGGCUGCUCAGCACCAAGACAUCUCUCACUUCAGUUGUAGUGGAGCCUAGCGUGAUACCAGAUGACAAGUCUCCAUUGUCCACAGCUGCUUCCAACAGUUUUUCAGAAAUUCCAGAGGAAAAUGCUGGGUAAGAUUCUAAAUCUUCACAAACCUUAAUGAAGCUCAUGAGGAAUGCUUUGCUGAGAUCUCAUCCCAGCCCUUUCAUGGGACUAAGCAGUGCAAGAACCAUCACUGUUAACUCUCAGACUCUAUUCCAGCCAAUAACAUUAUGCACACAUUUUCUUCUGUGAGUUUCAGUCUUUACACUGCUCAGCAAACGUGCUUAUCCCUGGUUGCCUGAGUUUUUUGUUUUGGGUUUUUUUUUUUUGUCUGAAUUUGCUUAUUACAUAGUUUUCUUGUUCAGUUUCACUGAACUGCUUCAGUUUCACUGUGUUUCUAUUGCAGCUUCAAUACAGAACUGAAUUACAAAACCAAAUUACAGUUAUUUUGUAGUGGCUGCAGCUUUGGUGUAAAAAACUAAACAGGAUCAGGCCCAGUCUUUUUUUAUUUUUUUUUUUUUUUAUUCCCCAUGAGGGAUCUUGAGAAAGCCAUUGAAUCCUGAGAACAUACUAAUGAUUUAUUCAGGAGUGCUCUGUUGAGCCAGGCCUUCAUCAGCACUUCUCCUUCCUUGCUGGUGAUAAUGCACCCCACCCUCACCACCACAGACUAUAUAUGUCCUUCAGGGGAAAAAGCAGGUAACGGGAUACUCUGUCCAAAUCCACCCAGGACAAAGCAAUUUUUAUUCCCUAAAUUCUCUAGUUCAGUAUUCUUUUGUACUUUCUGCCACCAUCUCUCAUGUAUUACAGUACUGUUUACCAUGAUAAAACACUGCCUGUCUGGUUUUGCCUCACAGGAAAUAAUUUCUGUGGCCAAGGAUUAGUUAUGCAUGUUGCACCUAGACCCCUUGCUUAAUUAUGAUUGCUGAGAGCAGCUGUCGCCACACCUGUACACCAGUUAUUGUAUAUGCCAUUUAUCUUACAUCUGGGUUUCAAAGCAAGCCCAGUCUGCAGACACUGAAGCCUGGGAGAAAUCUAUUCACUUGAGCAUCUGGGAAGUUCUUAUCAAUUACUUGUGCCUUAAAUAUGUCUAUGAUUGUUUUUCUGGUAUUUUUAAAUCAACUGUGAAGCAGAAGUGAAAGACAGACAAUGGUACAGCCUGAUCUACAACCCCCACUUCACUUAGUUCCUGUAAGCAAAUGAAGUAUUGUGGAAAAGAGAUCAUGUGGGAAUGGGUUUGUUGUAAUAAAAUGUCUAAGAGUUGCAGUGGCAGUGCAGUGCAGAAUUUUUUGUAAUUGUGAAAAGGUGGAACUGUACCUCCUUGAACAAUCUGCAAGGUAAUAAGGGUACAGUCUGCUGUGGCUGCUGGGCUUCUUACAAAGGCAAAAGUGUAGUAUGAGUCUAAUUCUGCCUCUGCAUGUCCUGUGAUGCAGGGAGAGCAUCCACUCCCACCAUGGUCUGGGAUCCUUGCCAAGAAGGAGCUGUAGUAUAGGGCUCCAGUCCUGCUUUUUGGAUAAAUUGUGAGAAAGUGAGGGCAUCUGCUUUCUCUCCUGUUGGUGCCUUUCUCUCUAGGAAGAGACCCAUAUUGUCUCUGUAUGGGAGGACAAUGGAUCUGCUGAAGAGAGGCUCCUCAAUCCCCAGCAGCUCUCGCACAUGUCGUGAAAUUUCCUGAAAUACAAGAUGAAACACCAGAAAUUCUCAUUUCUUUAACCAAUACAAUAGGGCAACAGCUAAAAUUAUCCAUUCCAUGUCAGAGCAGCAGAAAAAAGAAGUGAUAUUCUGAAUUUUGGUACAGUUUCAUGCUUGAAAUUGCAACAUAAGGGAGAUCUGAGUCCGUAAGCUCCAUGUGGCACUGUUAAAGCAGUGCAUAUCACCUUCUCUCCAGAUUUACUAUCAGGGAUGGCAUCACAUCUGGUUUCUUAGUGGCAUAAAUAUAGCUCUGCUUUCAUCCUUGCACUUCAAGGACAAACAAGUUACAGAUAAAUGAACUGUGGUCUCUUCUGCUUAAUGCAAAAUCAUUGCUGUUUGUUAAAUUAUAAUGCAAAUUACAAUCUAUGCAAAAUUGUAAAAAAUAAUUGUGAAAAAUCAAAUUGUUCAUUUAGAAAAUGAGUGUAUGGUUGUCUGAGAUGGCUGGACCUGGAACUGUGAGUGAGCAGAACCUUACCAUUGUUUUUGAAGCAACUUCUGAGAAUUUAACUAUCUAAUUUGAGUGAAGCUUCAAAAUACAAUUUGCAAGGUUUUACUGAACUUUCACAGUAUUUGCUCAAAACCCUCCCCCAACUUUAGCUUGACUCUGAAUACUUUUUGUGAUAACAAAAGAACACCAGACUCUUAUCUUGAGUGCUUUUGAUAUUUAAAAUACCAGUACAGUGGGAUUAAAACCAGCGGUAAUGUCCGUGCUGCAUAGCCUCCACAUAAUUAGCUGUGUGGUUCUCUACCAAACUGCCAUUUCCCCUAAACAGCAAACAGUUUCCAUCUCACUGAGCUGAUGCUAUCACUCUUAUUUCUAUAGUAACUGUAUCAGUUUCAACUGCUCACAGCCUUUUGUUUGUAUUUCUUGUUGGGAAAUUGCGGUUUUAACUUUUCACCUGCCCUAGUAGACACUUCCUGAAAGCCCCAAAGGGCCCCAUCCUGCAGAGCUCUGCAUGCUUGGAUUCUGCAGAAUAAAGUUCUUUAAAACACAAAUAACUGGCAGGAUAGCGCAUGACCUUUGAGAGCGUCUAGGUUCCACUGAAGUCUGUGAGCUGUUCCCAAUUUACCUGCAAGCUUUGGAAAACUCUACUGAGACAGUCUCACUUCCAAGCUUGUGGCAGGGUCCUGGCUGUCUAUUGCUUAUCUGGAGGAAUUUCAGUUCCAGCAAGAGGAAGAAUGGGUCACAGUUGAUAUGUCUAACCCAUGGCCUAGUAUUACUCAGCAGCGGAACUAACACACUACAUCAUCCCUAUAUCCCAAUACAAGGGUGAGGCUAACAAAGCAUAUAAAAUUCUUCCACUUUUGGAAAGCACAAAUGUCCGCAGUCUCUAUCUGCUUGUGCCAGAAAUAUUCAUGAAAGUUUGAUGUCUGAAAAACUUAGAGUUAAAUUGAUGCCUUUCUGUCAAAACAACAGGCAAAGUCAUGGCACUAGUUAAUGUUUUUGGUGGCAUAUUUCGUUUCAAACAAACCGUUAAGAUUGUGCAUCCGGACAGAAAUGUGGUGAAAUUGCAUUUUGGUAUUGUAGAAUAAAAUAAACAGUGUUGAUACUCUA